CGGAACCGGAAGUAGAGCCGUCGAUCCGCGGGAUGAAUUAUGUGAGAAUCGGUUCCUACAGCUUCCCUGGGCCGUUUUUUAAUGUUUUUAUUCACAUUUGGAUCUUUUAGGCUCUGAUUGUCCAUCCUGGUCAGUGGAGGGCAGGAUGAGUGCGGAGGCGGCCGACCGGGUGGCGGCUGUGAUCAGCAGCCGGCCCAGCACGCCGCUGCAGGUCUCCUGGUUUGAGUUCCUGCUGGAUGGAAGCCUGCUGGAGAAACACCUGCAGAGCCCCAACCCAGACCCGCCCCCGGUUCAGCUCAUCAUCCAGUUCCUGGAGCAGGCGUCUAAGCCGUCUGUGAACGAGCAGAACCAGGUGCAGCCGCCGGCGGAUAACCGGAGGAACCGGACCCUGAAGCUGCUGGCUCUGAAGGUCGCCGCACACAUGAAGUGGGACCUGGACUCUCUGGAGAAAGGUCUGAGCAUCCCCGUUCUCAACAUGCUGCUGAACGAGCUGCUGUGUGUCAGCAAAGUGCCGGCAGGCGUCAAGCAUGUGGACCUGGACCUCUCCACCCUGCCUCCAACCACCGCCAUGGCCGUCAUCAUCUACAACCGCUGGGCCAUCAGAACCAUCGUGCUGAGCAGCUUUCCAGAGAAGCAGACCAAACCCGGACCGCAUCAGAUGAACAUGUUGAACUUGGUCCAGCAGGAGAAGGAGAUGACGGAGAACAUCCUGUCUGUGCUGAAGGAGCAGGCGGCCGACUCCAUCAGCGUCCUGGAAGGAGCGCUGCGCCUGAACAAGGGCUCCUACGUCCACACCGUGAGGACGCUGGACCUCCUGGGCUCUGACGCCGCCGCCAACGGAGAAACGGAGUCGUCCACCGCAGGGCUUCGGAUCAGCGGCGAGGAGCUGCACUGCCAGGUCCAUUACGACCUGGGAGGGAUCUUCUUCCAGCAGGGCUGCACCGAGCAGCCGGCUUAUGAAAAAGCUCGGGAGCAUUUCAGGACGACCAAGGAGCUCCUGAAGAAGCUGGACGAGUCCGUCCACGUCCACCUGGACGAGGAGCGUCUGGCCGGCUACUGGAACGCCUGCAAGGCUUUAACCGGAGCCUGCGACGCGGCCGACCCCCACAUGACCCGAUAUGAGCAGAUCAACAGCCUGAUCCGGGCGCACGACUACCAGGCCGUGGUCGAGGAGUUCAUCAAGGACAACGCCUCCCGCUGCUUCCCCGCCCACUUCAGGCGCUCCGUCCUCAGAGAGCUGCUGUACAGAGUCCAGCAAGGGGAACCGGGCCUGGAUGAGGUCUGUCACCAGCUGUGUGUCUGCAACGCGGUCCGAGACGCUCUGGAAGGAGAAGUUCUGAGCGUCCGCUUCCAGCAGCUGCUGCUGAGGCCCAGUAAGGCCAUGGUGGACUUCCUGUUGGAGGUCUGCAGGCGUUCCCUGGACCGAGACCAGCCGUCUGAUCCGGCCUCCAGGACAAACAUGGCCGCCUUCUUAAGGACUCUGUGUGAGAACCUGGAGGAUUUGUCUCUGGCGCUGUCCAUGACGUCCCAUCCGCUGUUGGUGGAGCUGCUGAGAGACGAGGACCGGAAGCUUCUGAUGGAGCAGAUGAGGAAGAGGUCGGCCACCGUCAACCUGAGCGCCAAACCCCUCCCGUCUUUCUACGACAUCCCAGCGUCCGCCAGCGUGAACAUCGGCCAGCUGGAGCAGCAGCUCAUCCUGUCUCUGGAGCCGCGCCGCAUCAGACAGAUCCUGAUCGAGCUCCACGGCAUGGCGGAGCGCCCCUUCUGGAGAGUCAACAGCAAGUGGGAGGUUCCUCCUGACUACAUCAACGUGGUCCUCGCCAUCAAAGACAGCCUGACCAAAGACCUGGUCUACAUCCUCAUGGCCAAAGGACUCCACUGCAUCUCCAUUAAGGACUUUGGCCACGCCCGCCAGCUGUUCUCAGCCUGCCUGGAGCUCGUCACCGAGUUCUCCCCAAAGCUGCGGCAGGUGAUGCUCAACGAGUUGCUGCUGCUGGACGUCCGCGCUCACGAAACCACGGCGGCCGAGGGCAGCAAGGAGCGGCCGCCGCCCGACCUGGUCAGCCGGGUCAGAGGGUACCUGGAGAUGAGGAUUCACGACGUUCCUCUGCGUCAGGUGAUCGGGGAGGAGUGCGUCGCCUUCAUGCUGAACUGGAGAGAGAACGACUACCUGACGCUGCAGGUGCCGCCGUCUCUGGUCAUGAACAACCCGUACAUCAAGCUCGGCCAGCUCCUGGCCUCCACCUGCAAAGAGCUUCCCGGUCCUAAAGAGAGCCGGCGCACAGCCAAGGAGCUGUGGGACGUGGUGGUCCAGGUCUGCAGCGUCUCCGUCCAGCACAAGAGGAGCAGCGACGGGCGCCUGGGUCUGAUCAGGCAGAGGGAGUCGUCUCUGGGCAUCAUGCCGCGGAGCAAAUUCAUCACCUUCGUUAAGAAGCUCAGAGAGCCGCUGGUGCUGACCACUCUGAUCUCGCUGUUUGUCAGACUCCACAGCAUCGUCCGAGACGACAUCGUCAACGAAGUGACCGCCGAGCACCUCUCCAUCUGGCCGUCCUCUCUUCCAAACAUUCAGGCGGUGGACGUGGAGGCCGUGGCGGUGACGGUCAAAGAGCUGGUGACCUACGCCCUCACGCUGAACCCCAACAGCCAGUCGUGGCUCGUCACGCAGGCGGACAUCUACUUUGUGACCAAUCAGUACUCAGCUGCCCUCAGCUUCUACCUGCAGGCUGGAGCCGUUUGCUCAGACUUCUUCACCAAACCCGUCCCUCCUGACGUUUACACUGACCAGGUUCUGAAGCGGAUGAUCAAGUGCUGCUCCAUGAUGAACUGCCACACGCAGGUCGCGGUUCUGUGCCAGUUUCUCCGGGAGGUCGACUACAUGACGGCGUUCAAAGCUCUCCAGGAGCAGAACAGCCACGACGCCAUGGACUCCUUCUACGACUACAUCUGGGACGUCACCAUCCUGGAGUACCUCACCCACAUUCACCACAAACGAGGCGAGAUGGAGAAGCGACAGAUCGCUGUGAAGGCGAUCGGACAGACGGAGCUGAACAGCAGCAACCCGGAGGAAGUGCUGCAGCUGGCCGCUCAGAAGAGGAAGAAGAGGUUCCUGCAGGCCAUGGCUAAGCUCUACUUCUGAACACGUCUAAUAAACGCUCCGGACUCGCUUAGUGACAGAAAAUAAAGAUGAAAACCCACGAAGCUGCUGCUGUUAUUUCUAAUCCACAGACGGACGGUGGAAGACGAGCCAGCGAGGCGCGGCUCAGUCAGGAAGACGACGGCUGAUCGGCCGCGUCCUCAUAAGAGCAGAAAUCUGAUUCACAUCAUUCCGGCUCCUAAAACGCGUCUAAAAGGAAACAAAUCUGAUCCAGAUUAUAGUCUGACUAUUCCCUGGAUUAUAAAGAUUAUGUUUAUUUUAAGGAGAACUCUAAUAGUCCGGAUUAUAAUCUGAGGCCUGCUGUUCUCUCAGGAACGUCUUCCUCCUCGUAUUUCCACAGUUUUAUCGUUUUAAUCUCAGCGUUUAGCCGUAGUUCUGAGGACCAUCCAACCCUUCAUCAGGUUCUGUUCCGGAUGAACUCGGGUCCAUAAUCCCACUUCCUGUUUCCUGUCUGCUCGCUUUUUAUCAGGUGCUAAUUAUCUGUUUUCAGCUUAAAGCUGCUGUUUUAUAAAAAAACAACUUCAAGUUUCACCACAGAAAAAUAAAUAAUCAGAGGUUUAGGCAGGGGCGGAGCUAGAUGGGGGGCCUGGGGGGGGCCAUUGCCACCCUUAUUCAAUCAUUGGCCCCCCCUACUAUUUAUUUCCCUCUAAAACAGACAGUGGAAGCAGUAAUAAUGUCAACAUUCAAAAAAUUUACAUUUUUCAUAAAUUAAAAAUUACUUGACAACAAAAACUGGUGAAUUAUGUUCACCAAUAUACUAACAUUAAAAAUGAAGGUACAGAAUUAAAGCAGAAAUAAAUGUUUUUGUUUUAUUGGGUAAAGAGAAAAUGUGUCUCUGCAAAUCAUCAAGGAGUCUUCAAUGAAAUCAUAGAUAAAUAACUAUUUUAAUAAAAAUGUAUUAAUCAGUUUAUGUA